CAUGCGCUUGCGAUUUUUGCUGAGGACACACCUCGUAAGGGCUAGCUCGUAGAAAAACGGGACCACCGCCGACGUUAGCAGAUGGUCCUCUAGCCAGAAGUGCUCGAGGUAGAUCAUGGGGUCGUGUCUGAGCGGUGAUGAUAGCAGAGGCGGAGAUGCACGGGGUGGUGGUCUGUCCGACAACGACAACGAGCGAGGUAGACAACAGGACCAGAGAUCCGACGAGAGCACGGGUCUAUUGUCAGGGAGCAUGCGUAGUGCCAGCUACAGCAUCAGGAGAGGCUCUGAUCUGGAGUCCUCCGAUGGCACCAAACCAGCUCCUUCUGCUCACGCUGGAUCAGGCAACCGUGCAGGAGCUAACGGACACGCCGCCAGCGGUGGUGUCGGGUCGAAUCCGCGGUUCCAGUAUCUGGACCAAAACUACUCCCUCGAAACGCCGUCUUGUCUCGUCCCACAGAUAAACGAAGUCUUCAAGUCUGUCUGCGAGCGCUACGACAUUGCCGUGACGAAUCGCGAGAAGGUCGACGAGGCUCUCCAGCUCUUCAAAAAGGUUCUCGAAGUCGACCCCUCGCUCCCCGUCGCCGAAUGCUUCGCCGCGUGGAAAUCCCAACUCACCAACCCGAAAUUCACGGUGGAGAGGUACGACCGGUCGGGGGACGUGAAGAGGAUAUCUGUGCGCGCGGAGGAGGUUCCGCGCCUGAAGAGAAAGGCUCAGAAACACAUCCGGGACUUGUUAGACGCCUGUCACCUUUUCCUCCAGCAGAAAGAUUUCCUCAAGCGAGAGAUGCGAAACAGCCUCGAGGAGUUGGACAAUCUGGUUAGAAAUCUCCCGGCGCUGGUCAAGAGUGUGAGUCUGAGUUCGUCUGAGAGAAAGAACAUGCCACAGAUCGUCAAACGGGUCAGGGAGCAGUUUGUCCGGUUUCCCGAUACGCUCGACCUGUUUUGGGUGCAGGUGUCUGGGCUACUGCAGGAAAUCAACGCUGCAAUUCACAUCCUGGAGGAUGAUGCAGAGUAAAAUAUCACCUGAAUUCAAUUUGAUGUGUUAAUUAUGCACUUUUUUUUUUAUGGUGUGGAAAUUUUAUCGUUCUGCGUACAUGAUGUAUGUAAUUAUGCACUCAAUUUGUACAUGAUGUGUGUAAUUAUGCACUCAAUUUGUACAUGAUGUGUGUAAUUAUGCACUUUUUGUGUCCCUUUUAUGUGCUAAGUGGAAAUUUUAUCGUUUUGCAUUCAAUAUGUAUAUGUACAUGAUGUGUUAGUGGAAUUCAGUGCUGAGGAGUCAUUAGAGAUGAAUGGUUUGUCAUUUUGCUUGCUCAUGUGCGAGAUAAUGUUGCCAUUCCACACUCCAACUA